CAAAAUGGCAAAGUUCGUCAAUAUACUCUUCGUUGUCGUCCUCCUAUCUUUUAUAUCAGAUGGGGGAAUUAUUGGUAAAGUUGAAGGGAAAGCAUGUUCAGUUGACGUUGGCUUUAACAUUUGUACCACUGCUCAUGACAGGUGUCUGAAACAGUGCAUUCAGGCUACUUUCUAUCUGAUUUACAAAGCAUUGUGUCAAAUAGCAAAUGAUGGUUCUACAUAUUGUGAAUGCAUAUUUAAUUGCAUAGAUGAUGAUAAUAAUACUAAUAAUCAGUUGAUGGUUGCAAAAUCACCAUCUCCACUCAUGUGAUGUUAAUUAGAUUCGAAUGCCUUUUAAUUCUAUUCAUCAAGAGAGAAAAAUGAUCAACUAGAGCUUCUGAUCUCAAUUGUACUG